AUGCCAGUAGAUCUGUACUACGUGCCCGGCUCCGCGCCUUGCCGCGCCGUCUUACUGACGGCCCGCGCUCUCAACCUCAAUCUGAACUUGAAACUCGUCGAUCUGCAUCAUGGAGAACACCUUAAACCUGAAUACCUCAAGAUCAAUCCUCAACACACGGUUCCUACGCUGGUGGAUGACGGCUGCUCCAUCUACGAAUCCCGCGCAAUCAUCACGUACUUGGUGAACAAGUACGGCAAAGGCAGCGCCCUCUACCCCGAGGAGCCCAAGGCUAGAGCAUUGGUCGACCAGAGACUUUACUUCGACAUCGGCACUUUGUAUCAAAGAUUCAGCGACUACUUCUAUCCACAAAUCUUCGGCGGCGCGCCAGCCGACCAGGAUAAGUUAGCCAAGGUAGAAGACGCUCUCAAGUUGUUGGACACCUUCCUCGAGGGUCAGAAGUAUGUGGCCGGACCCAACCUCACGGUCGCCGACCUCAGCAUCAUAGCAGGAGUCUCUAGCUUCGAGGCUUCUGACAUCGACUUCAAGAAAUACGCCAAUGUUAAACGAUGGUAUGAAACAGUGAAGUCCACCGCCCCCGGGUACCAGGAGGCCAACGAGAAGGGUCUGGACGCCUUCAAGGCUCUCGUCAACAGUCUUCUCAAGAAGUAA